ACACCAGGUUAUCAGCGAGGAAAACCUCUAAAUCUAUUCGUCUGAUUGUGUUGGGAGGGUCCUCCACUCUGCUGUGCUGCUGCUCAGCCUCAAACCACCGACUGCUCCUGUCAGAGGCAGCAGGAGCCGAGCCAGAGGUCUGAGCUUCAUCGUUUAACGCCUUAAGUUACCUACUUUAGCCUGACGUUAUGCCUCCUGUCCGGGUGGUGCUGCAGGGUCCCGGCCCGUGGGGGUUCCGGCUCGUUGGGGGUAAGGACUUCGAACAGCCGCUGGCUAUUUCCCGGGUCAACCCUGGAAGUAAAGCAGCUCAAGCCGACUUGUGCAUCGGAGACAUCAUUUUGUCUAUCAACGGUGAGGCAACAGAGGACAUGACUCACUUGGAGGCGCAGAACAAGAUAAAGGGCUGCAUAGAGGAGAUGGCGCUCUCCAUCGACAGGUCAGAAUCCAAGCUGUGGUCACCGCUUUCAUCUGAGGAAGGAAAGACACACCCUUACAAGAUGAACCUUUCCUCUGAACCGCGGGAGGUAAAACACAUCGGCUCGUCCCACAACAGGAGCGCCCUGCCUUUUUCUGGUUUUGGCCCCAAAGUUAUGACCAACCAGUACAACAAUCCAUCUGGUCUGUACUCAUCAGAGAACAUCAAGGACUUCAACUCCGCUGUGGAUGAAGUGAAGACCGUGGCCACAGCUCAUGAGCCCAACAUCAAAGCUCCAUCAGAGCCGUCAGCAGCAGGCAAGCGACCAGCCAUACCAGCAGACUCUGAGGUCUACAAGAUGCUCCAAGAGAACCAGGAGUCUGAUGAGCCACCACGACAGUCUGCUUCUUUCAAGGUGCUUCAGGAGAUUCUUGAGACAGGUGACUUGGAAAAACCUUCAGGCUUCAGGAGUGUGAAAGCACCAACAACAAAGAUCGGAUCUUCUGUGGGGAACACAGAGAAGUUGCCCGUAUGUGACAAAUGUGGUUCUGGGAUUGUAGGCAUGUUGGUGAAGCUGAGGGACAAGUUUCGUCACCCUGACUGCUACACCUGCACAGAUUGCGAUGUCAACCUAAAACAGAAGGGACAUUUCUUCGUGGAGGACCAGAUUUACUGCGAGAAACACGCACGCGAGCGAGUCACUCCACCUGAGGGCUAUGACGUGGUCACCGUUUUCCCCAAGUAGGGCAUUUAGCCCAGCCUGGCCUCAGACUGCAUACCACUUAACAUUUUCCUCAAACUCGUGCUUCUGAGACGAUUAAGCAGCCCUCUGUCUCAUUAUGUUUCAGCACUGUCACAGGCAGGCCGAGAGGAACCAGCUUUGUUUAAAAAUGUUGAUUUGCACAUAAAUUCUGGCCACAGGAUCUUUUUUUUUGCUUUAAAACAUCUGAAUUGUCCUACAGCCAACCACUGUAUGUAAGUCAUGCUUGUCUGUGUACAUUGUGAUGUUUUUUUUUUCUAAAUCAUGGUCUCCCUAAAUAAAAGUUGCCAUUUUUAUACAGUUAAAUAUUUUUAUACAUCAGGAAUAGUCAAAAACAUAAACAUGAUUGCCAAAUAAAUAUUUUAUCUUUAAUUAGUUGAUUGUGCUUUGUGAUUAUUAAGUAAAUGCAGACAAAAGUUCAGCAGUACUAAAUUUCAAUCCAUCAAAAUCUAUCUGUCUGAUCACAUUUGUCACUAGUGUAUUUUUAUAUAUAAACAGGAUCAUCUAAUUAUUGAUCUCUGCCUGUUUUAUUACAUAAAACCAGGAGCAUUGUGAGCUACAGAUAACAUGUUUGAACCAACCUCAGGGUUCCUGUAGGGUCUGGAAAAGUUGGAAUUGCAAUAAAAUAUUUUCCAAGGCUGGAUAAGUAUGGCAAAAUAAAAUAGAAUAAGGGAAACAACUUGUUUCCUGACUUUA